CACUCGCGUAAACGCUCGUUGCCGGACGACGACCAGACUUCCGUAUCAAAAUCAGAGAGCCAGUCCUACCAACAAAGAUUCAAUUCGUCAAGCAAGCCCUGCUCCGAGCAGCUCAGCCUUGAGCAGUGCCCCAUCGGGAGCGAACGACCAACCUACCGACCCGAACGCUCCUCCCAAGAAACGAAGAAAGUACACACCUGCCGAGAAGGAACAAAACGCUUGGAGAAGGAGCAGAGAGACAAGGAGAGAGCGGAGCUAAAAGUCAAGAGAGACGAAGAGAAGCAGAAGAAGGAUGAGGAGAAGCGUCGCAAGAAUGAAGAAAAGGAAGCAAAGCAGCUUGGUUACCUUAGUGCUUGUCCUUUGUCGACCGCACAACCCAAGAUCGCUUCAUUCUUCAGGAUGCCUUCCUCGCAGAAGUCGCCAGCUGCUUUCACACCAGUGCAGCCUUCUCCUGCUAGACAGGACAGCACAAGCUCUCAGCCCGUAGAUGCAGACGUGUCCAUGGCAUCUCCAACUCCCAAGAGGUCACCUCAACAGAGCCAAAGCGACUAUCGCAAGAUGUUCCUGCCGUUCCAGCUCAAGGCACACACCAAGUGUGCCCCUUACGUACCAGCCCUGAACCCUGACGAGCUUGAGACAUCACAGCAAGAGAUGGAUAAAGUACUACAACGCACGGCCACCACCACAUCUCCUACAUCUUCCUUCAGUACACUCUUCGCGAAGGAGCGAACGCGUUCACGCGGCCUCUGGCAACCGACAGCCAGAGAGGUCAUCGAGUCGUUACAAGGCUCUUUACAAGUCCCAAUCGACCUGACUGACGAAUCAGGCGAGCACUACCAACCAACCGACCUCCUGGAUUCUCUCAUCGUCCGUCAUCUUCACUUUGGCGAAGAUGUGAGGCCAGCUUACUUUGGCACGUACUCACGGAAGAUGUCUUCAUCAAACGCUUCCAAGCUACGCAAAAAUCCCUUCAGCAAGCUUCGUAAAGAUACCGACUACGACUACGACUCCGAAGCUGAAUGGGAGGAGCCAGAAGAAGGAGAAGACAUUGGAUCUGACGGUGAGGAAGAUGAAGAAAGCGUGGGUGACGCAGAGGAAAUGGACGAGUUCUUGGAAGACGAUGCUGCCGACAGCAAACGACACAUGAUCACUGGUGACCUCAAGCCAGUCAGCACGGGUCUGUGCUGGGAGGACGCCAAGGGCUUGUCCAAGUCUUCGACUGAAGACUCCCCUGUCGAUCUUGACAGUAUGAAGAUCGACUUCUUCAUUCGUAAGUUUUUUUGCUAUAUCCCUUCCAUCAACCCCUUCUCGGCUAGCUACUGGCAGACUCCAUCCACACCAGCUGUUAUUGCUGCCAAGGCUAGUGGCGGUCAGAUGCAGCUGGAUGGCAAGAUGAAACCACCCAAGGUUCCUCUCAUGCCAAGAUCGAACACCAACGACACUAUGACCAUCAUUGGUGCCUCUAGCGGUAUGAAGGGUCCGAUCAUGAGCGUGGCCUCGACGAAGGCUGCAAAGCCAGCUCCCAAGCCUCUGCAAGGACCGGAACUAGCAGAGUUCAAAGACGCUGUCGACGGCAGCAACCUCACCAAAGUUGAUCUGCUCAAGGCUCUAAAGAAGAGAUUCCCCAAGCACACCAACGACACGAUCAAGGCAACGCUGUCAAGCUGCUUCGCUCGAAUUGGCCAACAUGAGGCUGACAAAGUCUGGAAGGCUGUUGCUGCC